AUGGCUAAUGAAGAGGAAUUUCGCAAGGUUGGAAGGAGGCGAGAUGAGAUGACAACCGUUUUGAUUUUGCUUGAGGAGUUAUUAAGUAAUCUUCAAAUUAAUUUGUUGAUGAUAUCUCUCAUAAUCACUCUAAUUGGACCAAAUACUCACAAGCGCAAACGUUGGUCCAUAGAGGAUCCAACCCAAAUGCUCGAUUCAAUUCCUGCUCAUGUCAAGCAGUUAGAUAGGCUUGUCCGUCUCACAGAUCGGUCUUGCGUUAAUAAUUUGCGGAUUGAUAGAAACACGUUUGGCCGACUAUGCCGUAUACUCCGUGAUCGUAUAGGGUUAAUUGAUCAAAAAUUUGUCACUGUUGAAGAACAAGUUGCCAUGUUGCUAUGUGUUCUAUCACACCACAAGAAAACUGGUAUAGUUGGAUACGACUUCAUGCGGUCCUCCCAUACUGUGUCCAGAUAUAUACAUAUUGUCCUCUGUGGUGUGCUCAUGCUUCACAACCUGUUUUUGGUAAAGCCUAGUCCUAUGGAUGAUAGUUGCAAUGACCGGCGUUGGAGUUGGUUUAAGGGAUGUCUGGGUGCCUUAGACGGAACGUAUAUCAACGUACGAGUGCCUGUUGCCGACGCACCACGGUAUCGAAAUAGGAAAGGCCACAUCACAACCAACACUCUAGCCGUAUGUGACCCGCAUCUUCGCUUUGUUUACAUUCUACCAGGAUGGGAGGGAUCUGCGGGGGAUUCAACGAUUUUGCGCGAUGCAAUAAGCAGACCAUUGGGUCUCAAAGGGCCAAAAGGUUGUUACUAUCUUUGUGAUAAUGCAUACCCGAACGUCGAAGGCUUUGUGAUGUCACUUAAAGGAGUCCGUUAUCAUUUGAAGGAAUGGGGUCCUGGUACACAAGCUCCUCAAAUGCCCGAGGAGUUGUUUAACUUGAGACACACCAAGGCUAGAAAUGUAAUCGAACGAUCAUUCGCGGUCUUGAAGAUGCGAUGGGGUAUACUCCGUUCCGCAAGUUUCUAUCCAUUUGUGCUGCAAACAGGCUUGAUUAUAGCAUGUUUCUUACUUCACAAUUUCAUUCGCGAUCAAAUGGCGGUUGAUCCGGUCGAAGAGAAGUUGGGUAACCACGACAACGAUGGGGAUGAAACGGAUCAAGAGCAAGCGCCUGUUGAUCAGUGUGGAACCUUCAGCUGA